GAGGAGUUAGCGGAGCCAGAGAAGGGUCAUAACAAGAUGUGUGUCCCCGACUAAAGCAACAUUAUUUCCGCCCUGGUCCAGUGCCGUCCUGAGUAUCUCUGUGAGGAGCUUUUAAAUGGACUCUAAAACGAGUCCGAGCUGAUUGUAGUUGUGACUGACAGCCGCUCGGUCUGCUCUCCGCCGGUCGCUCCACACUGUCUGAACCGAAGCAGAGGAUGGAUGGGAACCUUUCCCCGGCUGCUAUCUUCUCAGUAGUCCUGCUCACCGUCGUGUUGUCAUCCUCAACUGCUUUUCUGGAGCCUUACGACCUUUUAUAUGACAAUGCAGUGCAGGCAUUUUACAACAACGACUAUUCAAAUGUGGUGAGCUACAUGGAGGGAGCGCUGAGCAGCUACAGAGAAGUCCGGAGCACCAAGGUCCGGUGCCGGCUGAGGUGCCAGGAGCAGCAUCCUUUUGAUGAAACCUUCUCGGACCUGCGCUUCCCCGACGUGGUGCUCCGGAGAGCUGCGUGUAUGAACACAUGCAUCGAGGAGAAACUUGGCAGUCAGUCUGUGCAUAAAGUCAGCGAGGAUGUAGUGCAGGACUUCCACAGGAGGAUCCCCUACAACUAUCUUCAACUGGCUUAUCAGAAGUUGAAGCAGCCUGACAAGGCAGCAGCGGCGGCUCACACUUACUUCCAGGCCAACCCAGAACAUGUGGAGAUGGGUCAGAACCUGGAGCAGUACAAAGACCUGCAGGGCGUCAAUGAGGAUCAUUUUGUGGACCGAGAAGCCCGGCCACACCAGCGCUCCUUCGCAGCAGCAGUGAGGUUGUAUGAUAAAGGCGACCAGGAAGAAGCCAUCGCUCUGUUUGAGAAGGCUUUGGUGGAGUACUAUAAAGCAGACUCGGAGUGCCGGGCCCUGUGUCAAUGGCCCCAGAGGUUUGAGAGCCACGACUACCUCCGCUACCGUUACAGCCUUUACGAAGUGGUAUCAGAUCACUUCACUCAGGUGCUGCACUGUGAACACGAAUGUAUUCGAGACCUCGCCACCCGGCCAGGCCGCCUCUCACCCAUGGAGAACUUCCUGCCUCUGCACUACGACUACCUUCAGUUUGCCUACUUCAACAUGGACAGGCUGGACGAGGCCCUACAGUGCGCUCUGACCUACCUGUUAUUCCACGAGGGAGAGGAGUCCAUGUCAGAUAACGUGGAUUACUACAGAGAGGAGCUGGGACACGAUGGCAAGCCAAGAGAGGAAGCUGCGUGGUACCUGAGGAGGCACAAACAGGAACUGGAGCUCCUUCUGAUUGGCAGCAAAACCAUGGGUGUGGAUUUUACAGAAGGGAAUUACUGGAGCAGCACCGGUAGAAGAGAGGACUCAAACAGGAUUCCCUCUGGCACAGACGGCUGGAUGGAGUAUGUUCCCAUCUCAGAGAAGAAGAACGUCACUGUCGCUGCUCCACAGCAACUCAAAGAAGGUGGCCCCUUGGUGUAUGACAGCGUGCAGCUGGUGCAGAACUCCGCGGCCCUGAACGGGACCCAGCGUGUGCUGCUGGAUCAUGUUAUAUCUGAGGAGGAGUGCUCAGACCUCAGACACCUGGCUCAUGCUGUCACCAUGGCAGGAGACGGCUACAGAGGGAGGAUGUCUCCACACACUCCCAAUGAGAAGUUUGAAGGCGCCACUGUACUCAAAACCCUGCAGUAUGGCUAUGAGGGCAGAGUACCGAUGAGGAGCGCUCGCCUGUUCUAUGACAUCAGCGAGCGAGCGAGACAGAUUAUCGAGUCCUACUUCCUGCUCAACUCCACCCUACACUUCUCCUACACACACCUGGUGUGCCGGACAGCCAUCACAGGCCAGCAAGAUCACAGGAAUGAUCUGAGCCAUCCCAUCCAUGCUGACAACUGUCUGCUGGACCCUGAAGCCAAUGAGUGCUGGAAGGAGCCACCAGCGUAUACUUACAGAGACUACAGUGCACUGUUAUAUCUAAAUGGAGAUUUUGAAGGAGGGGAGUUCAUAUUUACAGAAAUGGAUGCUAAAACAGUCACGGCAUCAGUGAAGCCCAAGUGUGGCAGGAUGGUGGGUUUCUCAUCAGGAGGGGAGAAUCCACACGGUGUGAAGGCCGUCACCAGCGGGCAGAGGUGUGCUGUCGCUCUGUGGUUCACCCUGGACCCGCUCUUCAGAGAACUGGAGAGACUGCAGGCGGAUGAGGUGAUCCAGGCGUUGGACACACAGUCUGUGUGGGGACAAGGCCUCAACAUCAACCCUAAAGAUGAACUGUAGAAGCAUAAAAACAGCUUCACCCCACCCCAUCCUAUCAAAUGCUUCUAUAUAUUUUAACUAUUUAUUGAAACGACCUUUGGAUCAGAACUUUUCUAUUUUUGUACUGUUUGAAGUGCAAGAUUAAUAAUAUUGUCAUUUUUUGUGUUUUUUUUUGUUUUUAAUGUUUCUCUACACACAAGUACUUGAGUUUACCUUUUUUGUUCUUUGUAUUUCCCUCCAGUGACAGCUUCUAGUAGAGAAAAAGAUAUCCAAUUCCCUUUCUUUUGUUUUGUUGUACCUGGUAAGUAGACUGUUUCAUCUAAGACUGAUCAUAUCUGUAUUCUCACUGAACUGUGAAGAAGCCAAAGAGAAGAACAGAACUUUCUUUAUUUUUGCUCUGAGUUGUGCUUGUUCUUGUUCUGAACAAUAUAUCCAGUGGGCGUUUUUAUUCAUAAACACUAUACAGAUAUUAAAUAAUAUCUUAAUUUCAGUGGUCAGUAAUUACAAAUAGUUCACAAAUGGUACUGUUACAUAUGAUUUUACUAAGUAACAACAUUAAGUUAUUCAAUAUUGUUUUGUUUUUUUCAGUGGCAGUAAUAAUUUUUUCCAACGUAGGCAGUGUACUGUUUUUCUAAUUUGAGUACCUGAUUUUCAUAAAGCACUCGUAUGAAGAGUUUAAGAAAGAGAUAUGUUCUAAUAUGCUGAAUAUUUAAUGAUCAUGCACUCUGUCCUUCUCUGUGUGUCAAGUCUGAAACUGUAAAUGUCUUCUUUCUACUUCUCUGUCCACGUCCUCUCUUGUUGUUGGCGUGAUGAAUCACUCCCCUCCUUUCUGGGCACACAGAGCAGAACUGGUUUCAUGUUCACUGACAUGUUUUACUUUUAUUUAUGUGUUUUUUUAAUAAAAGACAGCUGCUGACGUAACUGUUGGCAUUUAAUAUGGGGAACCUUUUUCAUAAAAGAUGUCAAUCAUUCCUGUUUCAAGGAAUACAUAUUUGUAUCUAUCUUUUUUGUCUUUAUAAAUGUGUUUAUGAUACAGAUGAUAGGUCGAGUCGUGCACUGUAAAUCCAAUGGAGUGAAACGUACAAAGAGCUUCUUUUUUUUUUUUUGUUCUACAUAGAUUCAAACUGCUAACCAGAAACUUAAACCUGUCGUUGUAUGAGGUUGGCCACUUUUGUUUCACUGAUAUUUAAUUCUGAAAUGCUGUAGCACACAAAAAUGUGUCCAUGCCUAUAAAUUAAAAUGAUAAAAUUCCAUAUCUA